CUGCCCGCAGAGGCAGACCGUGAACGAGCAGGGAGACACUCACCAACCCACCCACCCACAUACAGUUGAGUCUGAGGUCCAGCCCCCUUUCAGUAGCACUCAGUGCCAGAUCUCAGGGAAGUAGUGUCCUUCUCACAACACAGCUCGUGUUACUGAGCUGAAAGGCAGAGAGGCAGAGAGGCAUGGGUUGGGGGAAGAAUGUUCCUCUGCUGGGGCUGAGGACGGGGAUGAAGAUGGGGCAGUGUCUGGGACAGGGUCUGCUGGCCCUGCUGUGCUGCCUGGCCCUGUGUCCGGGGCCUGUCCAGGGGGAAAAGGUCUUGGUGAUGCCUGUAGAUGGGAGCCAUUGGCUGAGCAUGAAGCUGCUGGUGAAGGAGCUGGCGGCCAGGGGCCAUGAGAUGGUGGUGCUGGUCCCUGAGACAUCCAUCCUCAUCCAGGGCUCUGACUACUAUAGGACUGAGACCUUUAGUGUCCCUUACAGCAAGGCCCAGCUGGACGAGAGCAUCAACAAACUGAAGGAUGGCGUGUUUCUCAAGAUGCCGGAGGUAAUGGAUAUAUUUGUGAAUGUGCAGCGUCUGGUUGACUUCACCACCAUGCAGGUGAAAGGCUGUGAGGGUCUGCUGUAUGAUGAACCCCUGAUGCAGCGCCUCAGAGGAGAAGGGUUCCAGCUUAUGUUGACGGAUCCCUUCCUACCCUGUGGAUCCAUCAUUGGUGACACCUUCAACAUCCCAGCAGUGUACUUCCUGAGGGGGAUCCCCUGUGGGCUGGAUGACAGGGCUGCCCAGUGCCCCACUCCCCCCUCCUAUGUACCACGCUUCUACUCAGGCAACACUGACCACAUGGACUUCCUAGGGAGGGUUAAGAACAUGGUGAUGUACAGUCUGGAGAGCUACCUGUGUACAGUAAUGUUUACCAGCUUUGACAAGCUGACUAGUAGGUAUCUGGAAAAGGACAUGACGUACAGGGAGCUGCUGGGACACGGUGCUAUCUGGCUGCUGAGGUAUGACUACUCCUUUGAAUAUCCCAAACCCAGGAUGCCCAACAUGGUCAACAUAGGAGGCAUCAACUGUGGUAAAAGAGCUCCACUGCCACCGGACCUGCAGGAGUUUGUGGAUGAGUCAGGAGAGGAUGGCUUCGUGGUCUUCACUCUGGGCUCUUUGGUCUCCCAGAUGCCAGAGGAGAGAGCCAAGCAGUUCUUUGAUGCCUUCAGCAGGAUCCCUCAGAGGGUUGUGUGGAGGUACACAGGGGUGGUGCCUGUGAAUGCUCCAGCCAAUGUCAGAGUGAUGAAGUGGCUUCCUCAGAAUGAUUUGCUGGGCCACCCCAAGGUCAAGGCCUUCAUCACCCACGGAGGAACCCACGGUAUCUACGAGGGGAUCUGUAACGGCGUUCCCAUGGUGAUGCUGCCAUUGUUUGGUGACCAGGGUGACAACGUACACCGCAUGGCAGUGAGGGGAGUAGGGGAGGUGCUCAGUAUAUUCGAUGUCACCUCAGACAAACUGGUGGAGGCCCUCAACAAGGUCAUCAAUGACAAGAGUUACAAGGAGAAGAUGCUAAAGCUGUCAGCGGUGCAUAAGGACCGUCCCAUCGAGCCGCUGGACCUGGCCGUAUUCUGGACAGAGUUCGUGAUGCGCCACGGAGGAGCCGACCACCUGAGACCCGCUGCUCACGACCUGAACUGGAUCCAGUACCACAGUCUGGACGUGUUCGCUCUGCUACUUACUAUAGUUCUGACUGUUGUCAUGGUCACCGUUAAAUGCUGCAAAGUCUGCUUCCGCAAGUGCUGUGGAAUGAUUUGGACAAUGAAGAUGAAGAGUGAGUGAAUGUCCUUCCUGUGGCCGAGGCUGGGAUUCAAUCAGAGGCUCGUUGUAGAGCGUUGUCGACAAUAAUGUGCCUUUUACAGGCAAUGUUUACAUGUUUGCUGAGAUCGCAUUCGCGUUAAAUGCUGCAGAUGUCGGCUCAAUCAACUCAAAUUACCUUCAAAUGUUAAGUGCGCUACAACGCUACGGAUUGAAUACCAGCCAAGCCUUAAGGCACUAGAGUCCAGUGAAGCUAUACUGCCACCUCUAGGCCCUGUGUGUAUAACAGGGAGGACAUAAUGUAGGCUACUGUAGGUUGAAGGAAAGGAAAACUUGUCAAAAAACUGCUCAGUAAACCCACUCCUGCGUUUGUAUGGUGUGUGAGUGAGAAGGGUUUGUGUGUAGUGGGGGGAGCUUGUUUAUGUUUGAUAUCUCAGGAUAAUGUCAAAGUAACUUCAUGCAUCUGUUAUCAAUAUGGCCUGAGGCUUGCAUCCAGCAAGACAUUAGUCCCAUUUCUCAACCACUGUGCCUUUGGCCUAGAUUAAAUCUGUAUUGCGGAAGAUCAGUGAAAUAGUGCGAUUUAAAUUUAAAGGCAAUGUUCCUGCGUUUGCGGAGACUGCAUUCACGGUAAACACGGCUCAAUCAGAAAUUUAAAUUGCGCUAUAACGCAGAUCUUCCGCAAUAUGAUUGAAUCUAGCUCUAUGACUCCAAAACUGUUGGCCUUUCUAAUUUUGCCUGUGUCAUGCUGAUUCAAGACCCUGUUAAAGGCCCAGUGCAGUCGAAAGUGUGACUUCCCUGUGUUUUAUAUAUAUUUCCACACUAUGAGUUUGGAAU